AUGCCGGGGCUGGCCAGGAAGCUUUUGAUUUUUGCUGCUGUGGAUGGGCUCAUUCUUCAGCCUUACAGUUCAUCACAGCGCGGGGCUCCGAGCAACCCGCCCUCUGCUCUACGGAUUGAGUACAAAACUCGCCGUAUAGACUCGGCGCCAUCUUCCUCGAAUUCCGAUGAUGCUUGCUUGGAGUCUCAUGGAGUAAUUGGCUUGCUCUCUCUUUCAUCAUUCUCAUUCUUAAUAUCCAUUACCCAACGCCAGCAGGUGGCUCAGAUCCUUGGAAAGCCUAUUUUUGCGAUUACAAGUGUAGCUAUCAUUCCUCUUUCCUCUCAGGCUGAGGCAACCAAAGCGAUCAAUCAGGCCCAUGCCCAGUUAGCUUCCAACAAGGAUAAAGCUACCCAGAAUGAUAUCGAGACCCAGUCUUUGGAGAGUGACUCCGAUCUGUCCACCGGCCGCAGUAGCGAGGAUAUCGAUCUAGAAGGCUUGGAUUCGACAGAUCGAGGAAUAUAUCCCCCGUUGGGCAGUAAGGGUAGAAAGGGAAGCACUAUUGCCGAGGACGUUAUUGAAAAGCGGGGACGGUACGGCAGGUUCACUUCCCGCUGGUUUUCCAAACAUGGGUGGGCGGGAGAGAACAGCCCUCAGAAUAGGGGAUUUCAAGAGAUAAUGGAUCCUGCUGCAGAAGGGUCCAUCGGAGGAAGGAAGAGUGGGGAUUAUGUCGAUGAAAUCCUGGAACUUGAUGACCUUUCACCCACUGGACAGAAAGCUUCUUCUGAUCCCCAAGGAAUUGCCACGCCAGCCACAGGAACGGCAACAUGCGAGUUAAUGCCCAAAUUUCUGCGUUAUGCGAAGAUGAUGUUCAGUUCAAACAGUUUUUAUUUUUCUUAUGAUUAUGACAUUACUCGAAAGUUUGGUGCCUACGACCCUCAAAUGUCGCCAGUACCACUGCACAGGAUGGCAGAUCCCUUGUAUUUUUGGAACCGAUAUUUGAUGAGUCCUUUCAUUGAGAGCGGAUACCACUCGUUGGUCCUUCCGCUGAUACAGGGCUUUGUUGGACAGAAGGAGUUUACUGUUACUAAGUCCACCAAAUCGCCAGCCGCUCAGGAUGCCACUAUUACCCUAGUAGCUGAUGUCGAUAAUAACGUACCAGAUGUGUAUGCUGAGAAUGAGGGCGAAUACGAUAAAUUUCUUCUUACUUUAAUUUCACGACGAUCAGUAAAACGCCCGGGGCUUCGAUAUCUUCGAAGAGGAGUGGAUGAUGAAGGCAAUGCCGCAAACUCUGUGGAGACAGAGCAAAUUUUAUCUAGGCCGUCGUGGAACCCAGCGGACAAGAUAUAUUCGCUGCUCCAGGUUCGUGGAUCAAUACCGCUUUACUUCUCCCAGUCUCCUUACUACUUCAAACCCAUACCUGUUCUCCGCCAUUCCAUCGAAACCAAUCAAGCGUCGUUCGCACGGCAUUUCCGCGACCUUAGCAGGCGGUAUGGCGAAAUUCAAGCCAUUAGCCUCUUGGAUAAACACGGGGUGGAAGUUAAAAUUGGAGAGACAUACGAAAGUUUCGUGGACAUAUAUAAUAAUCGCAACAAUGCGGACUCACACAAAAUUGGAUUCGACUGGUUUGACUUUCAUGCGGAAUGUCGUGGAAUGAAAUUCGAAAACAUCCAGCGCUUAGUUGAUUCCAUAUCGGGGACACUAGACCGAUUUGGAAGCACCGUCAUACAGGAUAAUAUUGUGAUGAAAAGUCAGUCCGGUAUCAUCAGGACAAAUUGUAUGGACUGUUUGGAUCGUACUGGUGUUGCACAAUGUGCGUUUGGACAACGAGCAUUAGAAAAGCAACUCGAGAGCGAGGGCUACUCUAUCGACCUGCGGACUAGCACAUCUACACAAUGGUUCAACGUUUUAUGGGCUGACAAUGGGGAUGCCAUAUCGAAACAGUACUCCUCAACAGCUGCCCUUAAAGGAGAUUAUACCAGAACUAGAAAACGGGAUGUUCGCGGAGCGCUCAACGACCUCGGACUAACCCUCUCGCGCUACUUCAACAAUAUUGUCAACGAUUACUUCUCCCAAGCUUGUAUCGACUACCUAACUGGAAAUGUCACAACCCGUGUUUUCGACGAGUUCGAGAUGAACCUCCCCUAG